GUCUGCGGCGCGGCGGGCGCGGGAGCGCCGUGCCCGGCCCGGCCAUGGCCCACGCCGCCGCGCUCGGCCCGCCCGAGCCCGCCGGCCCCAUCCGCGUGGAGCACGACCGCCGCCGCCGGCAGUUCACGGUGCGGCUCAACGGUUGCCACGACAAGGCAGUGCUGCUCUAUGAGUACGUGGGGAAGAGGAUAGUGGACUUGCAACACACGGAGGUCCCUGAUGCUUACCGAGGAAGAGGAAUAGCCAAACACCUGGCCAAGGCAGCCUUGGAUUUUGUGGUGGAAGAGGACCUGAAAGCUCAUCUGACGUGCUGGUACAUUCAGAAGUACGUCAAGGAGAACCCCCUGCCGCAGUAUCUGGAACACUUACAGCCUUAAUGCAGGACGCUGCCGAGCCCAGACUGCUCUCACACCAGCAGGCCCCGUCCCUGACUCUCCAACGCGGCCUUUGCUUCUGCGCGGUCUCAGGAAACCCCACCUUCCCACCCCCACACGCACUCAAAAGUCUUUGUGUUUCUUCAAGUGCAUACAUGUGGUGCAUGCAUGGGCUGUGACACCCACCCCCAACCACCUCCCGCCACCUCGGCCCCAGGUGUUGAGGCCAGCCACUACCCUCCCACGGCCAGCCUGGCUCAGGGUUUUGUUUACAACGGCCUCCUCCUUCACCGUGCCCUGGGUUGGAAAAGGGUGGUUUUCUGUCCACCUCCUUCACCAGGGCAGGGAGAGGACUGGGAUCUCCACCUCCAUCAGCAGCAUCCUCUCCCCUACAGCUUGGGGAAAGCAAUGACCAGACUCCGGCCUGCUUUCAUCUUGGAGGUUCACAUGGAUGCUGAGACUUAACCAUCCUGGAGUGUGGGGUAGUGAAAAAGCCCGCUUCCCUGGGCAGGUUCUCACCCAGGUCCUGUUGCAAAGGGACCGGGAAGACCGUGCCCAGCCUAAAUCCACCUGAAAGGUGAACUGGAGCCAGAGGGGGGGAAAAAAGCUUCCAUGACUGCUCUUCCCUCGAGCAAAGCAAGCAGCUGGCACCUGAGGACUAGGGCAUGGUGUCAAAGGGUCUCUGCUCUGAGAGACAUGGGAUGAUGAGACAUUGAGACUGUGAUAUUUCCUAGCCCAGAAAGGGGACUGACUUGUGGGAGGUGAUCUGCCUUCAGUUUGGGCAGCAACAUGGAGGGCUGCAGAAGAGCAGCUGGUCAGUUCAUCACCUCCUUUUCACAGCCCCGCUGCCUUCAGUCAGCCUGGGAUAGGGGAGGAGAAGGGAUGAUCGAAAACUCUGCUACACAUGGGGAGGGAAGGGAGUUUUCAAUUCAGUCUCUUCUCUUGAUGCAUCUUUGACUCUGCCACGCAUGGGGACAUUCCCCUGAGGGGGGAGGAGCAAUAACAGGCUGGUGGAGGAGCCAGCGCUGGCAGGACUGGCCGCUGCCCAGGGCUUUGCUUUUCCAUCUCCUUGAGAUUUCAGGUGGAGCCCGACAAGGCUUGGCAGCACCCUCAGCCAGGGGGGCACACAGGUGCCAAGAACCAGCCAAGCAGGAUCUACCAUCCCUGCCAAACGCAGACCCACGCGCACUGUGCCAAGCAAAACAGAACGCCACGGCUCCUCGGGGUGUCCUGCCCCAGUGGGGAAGGGAGGAGGGCGUGCAUCCUGCCCCGGUGGAGAAGGAGAGGCCAGGCCGCAGCCUGCGCCAGCUCUUCCACCGGCUUGCAGAAUCAUCUUCCCUUGUCCGGGCCUUGUAUGGGGCUGCAGGCAAGAAUGGAGCAUCCCCGCAGAACUGACGUGAGGGAGCCAGGCGGCAAGUGCUAUGAAAUAGCAUCCCCCGACUCCUCUUCUGAAGUGCAAGCUGCUGCCACCACUUCACUAAACAGCCCAGGCCUGAGAUUUCUUUCCACCGGCCUCAAAACCUGGUCUCGUUUUCUCCCUGCUCUGCUAGUGUCAGUGCUGUUCGUUGAUGUGAUGUUGGCAGGGAGGCAACCUGGAAGCCGGAUCCAAGAGCUGUCUGCCCUGCAGGCAGGACCAGACCUUUGCCUUCCCUUUGUAGAGCAGAGGUGGAGGGGCUACGGAGGGGAAGGUUCCUCCUCGUUCUAGUUUUGUGCUACUCGGCAGGAGGAAAAAGUUAUAACGUGGUUAAUUGACAGGAUUUUACCCCUUUAUUCCAUAGAAGUGUGGUGCUAGAAGACCCAAAAUGCAGCCAAAGCCUCAUUAACUGCAUUUAUAGCCAACGUUUUCAGGAGACAGAAAAGAUUUCAGAGAAAUGGGACUGCUGCUCUGAUUUCAGGGGAUGUCAGUGUUGUUUCAGGCAGCUAGGCCGGUUCUGUAUGGGAUGCAGCAGCCUCGGAGCGCUCUGAUAACUGAACAGCUGAUAACUACAGCUGGACAGUUGCUGAAAUUAGGGGAGUUUCAGGCGAUUUGUAGUGAAAGCUGGAGCAUUUCGCCUGUACCCCAUGUCUAAAUUCAGCCUUGAUUUUGUAGGGACCCAGAAUGACCAUCUGGUUGCUGUGCGGUGAGCUAAAUGAGAGUGGAGCUCAGUUCUAUUUCUAGAUCCUGAGCCAAACUCCAGGGUGAUGCAUGGAAAGACUUGUUGGUUUCAGAGGACUCGGGCUCAGUGCUGGCAGGGGACAGGUGUCUGCAUCGCUGACUCCUCAGCCAGGGUUAUUGCUGGCAGAGCAUUCAGUGACAGUCGGCACGAAGGCUGACUGUCCUCUGGGGACAUGGCUCCAUCAGGACCUACCCCGUUGCUGUCCAGACUGCAUCACUUCUGUUGGACUUCCAACAUCAGGGCCUUCGGUUUAGCACCUUUCACCCACUGUUCAUUCACCUCCGUUUGUUAAGCACAAGAAGUUGGAAUUUCAAUCGUGUUCGGGUGCUGACGCCCGAGUGAAAACUUCCCACGCCGUCUCCCAGACUUCGUAGUCUGCCUUCCACACACAACAUCCUUAGUUGGAAACGUCCUUCAGACUUGUCACAGCACCAGCUUCCAUCAUCACGGGCCUUUCCUACACCUAAGGAGGUGGAUGAAUGCAGCAGAAAUGCCUCCGAUUUGUGCUGUCCGUGGUGGUGCAGUGUUGCAGUCUGCCCGACCUUCUCCAUAUUUCUCACGUACGGCAGCUUCCUCUGCUGCUCCCAGGGGUAGAGAAUGAGGCCAGGCAGUCGAAAGGAAUCGAAGAUGGGGAACAUUUGGCCUAAAGAAGGAUGAGUUUUGCCCGCACCGUAGCUGUGUAAUGUUGAGCUGCUGCCUCUGAAGGUCCAGGUGUUUUGGUGAAUCCUUUCCCCCUCCUCUGCAAGCUGAAGGUGGAAACAGGGUGGCUUGUUUAAGAUCUGAGAAGCAAAAUGCCAGGGCAAGGCCAGCACUGCAAACCUCAUCCCUCUUUUUUUUAUUCUCUCUCUUUGUAUUAACUUCUGCAUGUGUCCAGCUUCCAGAAAUACAGUUGUCUCCUGCCUGAAGGCCUCCCGAAGGAUUCUGGCGCUGCCGUUUCACAUGGGAAGCACAGGCGCAGAGGUUGAAAGUGGAGUCCUUCGUGCUAUUUCAAAGGGAACCGCGCGCCUCCUAGAUCAGAUCAAGGUUGGCCGUCCCUGCCUUAAAACAAGCGCAGUACGUGGUAUUGCCACUGUUUCACUCUGAGGUGCUAUGAUCAUUUCAGUUUCUGACGUGAUGGAGAUGUUCGAUAGUGUUGUGCCCCACAGUUUUACUGCUGUAUCCCCUUCCCCAUCACCACUACCGCCUUCCCUUAAUUUCCUGUAUUAUUUGAUGUUUGGUGAAUAGCAAUACCUACGUGUCAAGGCAGGUCAGCCGUGAUACUGCAAUCCUCCACGCUGCAGGAACCCAUCAGUGCCAGUCUGACGUGACCACUGAGUCCCUGGCGAGGGAGGGCUCUCCCCAAACCACUUCCAUCACCCAUCCUUUCCUAGCUCAUCUCAGUGGAAAGGCAUCCCCUGUACAGUUGCUGAGGCCCUAAAUAUUGUGUGACGUUCUGCGGUGCUGCCUGGCCUUGGCACGCGGCCUGCGAGACUGGGGACGGCAGAGGGGAAGUGGCUCCGUUGCAUAUUGAGGUCACAAAGCUCACUUGAAUUAAAGACCUGGGGAAACUAUAGGUCAUGUAACCUACUUCUCCAUCAACCAACUUGAAGCUCCCUCUUUCUUGUAUGGCCUCCAAUGUUGUGUCUCCCUCCGUUUAGGUUUUUAUUCUGUUGAUUUAAGUGGUAACUAUGUGCCUUUCCUGCUCAGGACCUGUUACAAACAACCUUUCGGCUUUCAUUUGUGUCUAACAUUAUCCUCCCCUUCCUGUCAUACUAUUAAACAUGAACAUAUUGCAUGGAAUACAAUUCAAUAAAAAGUGUGGCUUAACCAA